CUUGCCGCUUGCGUUUUCCGUGUGUCACGACUGUCGCGGAGAGAUUUAGGUUAAGAUUGUUUAGAAUCGAGACUAUCCACGAAGAAAGCGAUUAUCCGUAUUAUUUACAAAGAUGAGCCGAAAGGAAGCAUUGUCUCAGUUUAUACAACAAAUUCAUGGACGACCUGUCGUCGUAAAAUUGAACAGCGGUGUCGAUUACAGAGGUGUAUUGGCUUGUAUAGAUGGUUACAUGAAUAUCGCACUUGAACAAACAGAGGAGUACGUUAACGGACAAUUAAAGGAUAAAUAUGGGGAUGCCUUUAUACGGGGGAACAAUGUUCUGUACAUCAGUACCCAAAAGCGUAGGAAUUAAUCGUGAUAUAUAAGUAAAUAAAAACUAAAUGUUUAUUUAAUAAGCAUCUAAAAAAAAAAAAUUCAUCUUUACAUGUAUCUUUAACAACUUGUACUUCUAAGCAUAUAAUAAUUCCAGAUGAGACAAUUUUUAUACCAUAUAAUAAAUGCGAUGCUUCUAUACGA